GGUUUAUCCAACGAGUCAGGAAGGAAUAGAUACGUGCUGCCAGAGUUCGACCGAUACUGAAGGGGGUACCUGACAGACGAUAAUUACAGAAGAUGUCUGGAACAGUUUCCUCUAAUUCUGUGGUCCAAAGAACAGUGGCUUCAAAAGUACCGUUUGCUGAUUUAUGUUGUACUUUAGAAAAAAUACAAAAAUCAAAGAACAGACAAGAAAAAGCAAAAAUAUUUAAACAGUUUGUUGAUUCCUGGAGGAAUUUUCAUGAAGCUCUUCAUAAAAAGCAACUUAAAACUACAGACUCUUUUUACCCAGCAAUGCGCCUUAUUCUUCCACAACUGGAAAGAGAAAGAAUGGCUUAUGGAAUCAAAGAAACUAUGCUUGCUAAACUUUAUAUUAAAGUUCUGGGGUUACCCAAAGAAGGCAAAGAUGCAUUAAAACUUUUAAAUUAUAGGACACCUACCAGUUCUAACAGUGAUGCUGGAGAUUUUGCCGCAAUUGCUUACUUUGUGCUUAGGUCCAGAUGCCCAAAACAAGGAAACUUGUCCAUACAGGAUGUAAAUGAUCACUUAGACUCUAUCGCUAAUAACAAUGCAGCAAGAAAGAAAGAAUUGAUUGAGAAAAGUCUCCUUCACUUGAUUACAAAUACUACAGCUUUAGAACAAAAAUGGCUCAUCAGAAUGAUUAUAAAGGACAUGAAGCUUGGAUUUAGCCAACAGACUGUUUUUUCCAUCUUUCACCCAGAUGCUGCAGAGUUGCACAAUGUCACAACUGAUCUAGAGAAAGUUUGCCUACAACUACAUGACCCUUCAGUCUGUCUCAGUGAUGUUUCUAUCUCACUGUUUUCUGCUUUUAAACCAAUGCUUGCUGCAAUUGCUAAUAUUCAACAUAUUGAAAAGCAAAUGAACCACCAGAGUUUUUAUAUUGAAACAAAACUUGAUGGUGAGAGAAUGCAGAUGCAUAAAGAUGGGGACGUUUAUAAGUAUUUCUCUCGCAAUGGAUUUGAAUACACUCAACAGUUUGGAGCAUCUCCCCUUGAAGGAUCCUUGACUCCAUUUGUUCAUAAUGUGUUUAUAACUAAUGUUCAAAACUGCAUUCUAGAUGGGGAAAUGAUGGCAUAUAAUCAAAGCACUAAAACCUUCAUGCAAAAAGGAAACAAAUUUGAUAUAAAGAGAAUGGUAGAUGACUCAGAGCUGCAAACAUGUUUUUGUGUGUUUGAUGUAUUAAUGUUUAAUGAUCAAAAAUUAGCACAUGAAACACUCAGGAAAAGAUAUGAAAUAUUGCAUGAAUUAUUUAUCCCAGUUCCAGGAAGAAUUCAAAUAGUGGAAAAAAUGGAAGCAAGCACAAAAAAGAAUGUUGUUGAUGCACUAAAUGAAGCUAUAGAUAAACGAGAAGAAGGGAUUAUGGUUAAAGACCCUAUGUCCAUCUAUAAGCCAGAUAAACGUGGUGAAGGAUGGUUAAAAAUCAAACCUGAAUAUGUAAAUGGUUUAAUGGAUGAGCUUGACCUUCUGAUUAUUGGAGGGUACUGGGGAACUGGUUCGCGAGGUGGAAUGAUGUCACACUUUUUAUGUGCUGUUGCAGAAACUCCCUCUCCAGGGGAAAAACCAUAUUUCUUUCAUUCAGUCUGUCGUGUUGGCUCUGGAUACACAAUGAAGGAGUUGUAUGACCUUGGUAUCAAGCUUGCGCCCCACUGGAAGCCAUAUCGGAAAAGAGAUCCACCUGUCAGUAUUCUUUGUGGUGUAGAGAAACCUGAAGUCUGGAUUCAACCCUGUAACUCUGUUAUUGUACAAAUUAAGGCAGCAGAAAUUGUUUCCAGUGAUAUGUACAAAACUGGCUGUACCUUACGUUUCCCUAGAAUUGAAAAAAUAAGAGAAGACAAGGGGUGGUAUGAAUGUAUGACCCUUGAUGACUUGGAGCAAUUUAGAGAGAAAGCAUCUGGCAAACUGGCUUCCAAACACUUGGAUGUUGACGAUGAACCACAGGAAAAGAAACGUAAAACUGCUCCCAAGGUUAAAAAAGUAAUUGGAAUUAUUUCACAUCUAAAAGCACCUGAUCUUACUAAUAUACAUGUAGAGUCCACCAUGUUUGAAGAUGUUGAGUUUUGUGUUAUGAGUGGAACAAAUGAGUAUACCAAAUCUGAUCUGGAGGGCAAAAUAGCAAUAUGUGGUGGAGUAGUGGUUCAAAAUCCUGGAGAAGAUACAUAUUGUGUUAUUGCAGGGUCUCAAAAUGUUAGAGUUAAAAACCUUAUUGCCGCAAAUAAGCAUGAUGUUGUUAAAGCAGAAUGGCUACUAGAAUGCUUUGAAAACAAAACCUUUGUUCCAUGGCAACCUCACCAUAUGAUACAUAUGUGUCCUUCCACCAGAGAACAUUUUGCUUGUGAAUAUGACUGCUAUGGGGACAGUUAUUUUACGGAUACUAAUGAACACCAGUUAAAAGAUGUUUUUAAUAGAAUGUCUAGCAUUCAAGAGAAAGUACCACUAGACAUGAUUGCUGAUUUGGAGCAGCGCUACUCAUGGGAUGAUUCUUCUUAUAGCAUUUUCCGUCAAUGUAUGAUAUAUGUGGACAGUUUUACAAGCAUUAAUGAUCCAAAUACUAAAAUACAUACUUCAAGACUUGAUGUUAGGGCUUUGGAGCUUCGAUUUCAUGGAGCUACAGUAGUAAGUAGCCUUAAGGAAGGAAUAUCACAUGUACUUGUUGGUGAAGAUCAUUCUCGUAUAGAUGAAAUGAAAGCCUUAAGAAGAACUUUUACCAAAAAAUUUAAAAUAGUCUCUGAGUUGUGGGUGCUUGAUUCAUUGAAACUAGGAAAACUCCAAAAUGAAAAUCAAUAUUUAUUGUAAUAAAUGUUUUUAACCUUAAUGUUUUAGAUUAAGAAAUCCAUUUUACAGACAAAUAGUAGAAAAGUAAUUCUUAAAUAAUGGUAAACAUAACAUAUUUUUUACAAAACUGUUACAUUUUAUAAUAUAUCCCUAUACAUUUUACUUUUUAUAGUUUAGUGCUGGAAAAACAUCCGAACAUUUUAAUUGCAGUCUAUAUUUGUUAUGUUAAUGCUGUUAAAAUAACUGAAGAAAAAAAUAAUUUAUUUUUUAAGUAUAAAGAUGUGUUAAGCUCUUUUAUGUGAUAAAUAUUGAUUUAUUUUUUAUUUUAUGUUUUAAAUAGCUUAUUUUAAUCGAAUUGUGCAUAUUAAUAAAGUUCUAGAUAUACAUUAAUAAA